AUGGGCAAUCAGCUAUCUCUCACCACGGCUGACCAUAUCGAUCAACUCCCAGCGGGAACCGUGCUUGCGGAUGAGGACACCGCGCGGCAGCUCAUAAAAGACGCCUUGUCCAACGAUCCCCGCAAGCUAGGAGACGACACCUGGGGACUGUUCAGAUCAACGCGUCCACCACAAGCCUACAUUCUUGAUUUGGCCAUCUAUGCAACCCAAUUGGCGGUCGAUCUUGAUAAUGAGCUGGGUGACCUUCGUCAACUUCACUAUGACUUGGGUGUGCGGCUGUGCGCCCGUUCAACCCUCUCUGGCUCGCUUGACGAUCUCGACGAGGCCAUUUUAGCCUUCCAGCGCGCAAUUGACCUCUCGUCUGACGAUGAGACCAAUCAGCCCGAGCAAUUCAGCCAACUGGGUCUCGCCAAAACUGAGCGCUUCAAGCGCCUCGGCGAGAUACAUGACAUCGACGAUGGCGUCAUGGCAUUCCGUCGUGCAGUUGAAUUGACGCCGGACGACCGUCCUGUUCAGCCCUGGCGAUACGUCAAUUUGGGCCUCUCGUUUCGCCUGCGGUUCGAACUCACUAGGAUGUUCGAUGACAUUGAGCAGGCCGUCUUGUCCCAUCGCCGCGCGGUUGAACUUGCUCCUGAAGAUCACCCUGAUAGGUUCAAGCUAUUCGAUUAUUUGGGCAACUCGCUGCUGGCGCGCUCCCAGCACACUAGUGGGCUUGACGACAUUGAAGAAGCCACCUUGUCUCAUCGCCAUGCUCUUGAGCUAAUACCGAAUGGUCAUGCCGAUAAUCCCCUGCUUCAUAGCAACCUGGGCAAAGCUCUAGCCUUGCACUUCGAGCGUUCGCGAGGACUCGGUACACUCGAGCAAGCCGUUGCAUCGUAUCGCUGCGCCCUCGAGCUCACGCCGGAUGACCAUUCCCGAAAGCCCAGUCUGUUCCAGACCCUGGGCCAUCUACAUUCCGUGCGCUUCGACUGCACUGGAGAACCCGGCGAUAUUGAGCAGGCUAUCUCGUCUUAUCACAGUGCGGUCGAGCUCACGCCUGACGAUCAGCCUGAUAAGCCUCAACUUUGCAUUGACGCGGGAAACUUGUAUCGAACGCGCUUUCAACGCACAGGAGGGCUCCGUGAUAUAGGGCAGGCCAUCACAUUCCAUCGUCAGGUCAUCGCUCUUCUACCAGAAGUCCACCCCAGCAAGCCCGCUCAGUUCAAUAACCUGGGCCGCUCGCUUCUCCUUCGCUUCCAGCGUAGCGGCGAGUCCGACGACAUUGAACAGUCGAUACUGUCGCAUCGUCGCGCACUCGAGCUUGCCCCGGAAGGUCAUACAGACAAUCUCGCUAUAUAUAACGACCUGGGUACAUCUCUCUUCAGGCGCUUUGAGCACGCCGGAGAACUCGAUGACAUUGGACAAGCCAUCUCAUGGCAUCACCGCGCAAGCAAUUCCACACCGGACGAUCAUCCGGAUAAGCCGACGCGGAUUGGCAAUUUGGGGAACUCACUUUCUGCGCGCUUUGCACGCACUGGACAGCUCCAAGACAUCGAGCAAGCUGUCUCCUGCAAUCGCCGCGCGGUCGAGCUUGUGCCAGACAGCCACCCCGAUAAGUCUUGGCGAUUGAGCAAUCUAGGCGCUUCGCUCCGCGCACGCUUCAGACGCACUGGCGAGCCAGAUGAUCUGGAACAAGCCGUGCUAUCCCUUCGUCGCGCAGUCGAGCUCACGCCUGACGGUCAUCCCGACAAGCCCGCGUUUCUCAACAAUCUAGAGGCGUCACUCAGCUUGCACCCCGUUCACACCGGAGAACUUGACGACGCGGAUCAGGAAAUCACAUUACAGCGCCGCGUGCUCGAGUUCACGCCCGACGGCCAUCCCAACAAGCCCGGGUUCUUGAAUAACGUGGGGAACUCGCUUCUCACACGCUUCGCGCGCACAGACGAUCUCGAUGACUUGGAUCAAGCCAUUACAUUUCAUCGCCGUGCAGUACAGCUCCUUCCACAGGGCCACUCUAUCCAGUCUUUACUGCUCAAUAGUCUGGGCAACUCGCUUACCGCGCGCUUCAAGCGCACACUAAAGCUCGAUGACAUCGAGGAAGCCAUCUCACUCCAUCGUCGCGCGGUGGGGCUCAUACCAGACUGUCACCCUAGCAAGUCCUUGUAUCUUAAUCAUCUGGGUAGUUCACUCGCUACACGAUUCGAGAGCGCUGUGCGGUUUGGUGACAUCGCGAAGGCUCUCUCCAUGCAGAAUCACUACGUCGUCGACCCUAUGCAAAACCGCCACUUGAUCAAGCCAACGCCAAGCGGCAGAGCUGAGGUUCCAUCGGAUGACAGCACUCCGCAUUCUCCUUCUACCGCGCAACCUGAGCUCGUCGGAGAGCUCGAGAGUAUCGAGCAGAAUAUCGCAUCGCUUCGUGUCGCGAUUGAACUGAUGCCGGCCAGUCACCCCGAUAAGCCCGCACGAUUGAAUGAAUUGGGCGAUUCCCUCUCCAAACGCUUCACCUGCACCAGGCAGCUUGAUGACAUCAAGCAGGCGAUUUCAACAUAUGGCCGCGCAGUCGAGCUGGCACCGUCUGGCCAUCCCGACAAGCCCUUGUAUCUUAGUAAUGUGUCCAACUCGAGUCUCGAGCGCUGGAUGCAUCUCGAAAGACAGAAGGCAUCCGAACAAGGUAUCUCAGCCCUUGAAUCCACUGCUGUGGUCACAGCGGAAAACAGCAACGAUCGGGGAAGCCGAGUUGGGGUCGGGUUCGAGAACAAAACCGACGUCGACGACGAAGCUGGCUGGCCCGAGCGACGACCAGAAAGUUUGGGUCGUUCAUUGAUCUGGCAUUUCAAGGAAGUUGAAACUGCCCCUGACUUCGAUGCAGCCAUAAAGUCUUUCAUGGAGGCGACAUUACAUCCAUCAGGCAGUCCCUCUACUCGUUUGGACUCAGCCAAACAUUGCGCUCGUCUGCUUACCAGCCAUCCCUCGAACAGUGGCACAGAGUCACUGUUGUCCGCUCACUCGCGCCUCAUCGACGUUCUUCCUGAGAUCAUAUGGCUCGGACACGACAUUCUGCGACGUUACGAGGAAGCGUCCCGGCUAGGUGAACUUGUCAACGCUGCGGUUUCUUCGGCUAUAGCCGCUGAUGCCCUGACACGAGCUGUGGAGUGGCUCGAGGCGGGCAGGGCGCUCAUCUGGACUCAGAUCCUGUCCUUGCGCACUCCCCUUGACCAAGUACAGAAGUCCCAGUCGAAGUUGGCAAUAGAUCUUCAGAGUGUUCGAGAACGCCUCCUGUUGUCCGCCAAGAGCAACUCCGCUCCUGAGAUGGAGAACGUCAGUGAUGUCCCCGGCCUCAAGAUCAAUCAUGCGGCAGAGAAACAUCGUGCACUGGCAAUCGAGUACGGCGACCUCCUGAAGGAGAUCCGGGCAUGCGAAGGCUUCGAUGGCUUCUUGCGUCCACAGCAGUUUGCCACUCUCACCGCCCCAUUGACAGCUCUGAACGGCCCCAUCGUCUUCAUCAAUGUUCACGAGUCACGCUGCGAUGCCCUCUUGCUCUAUCCAGAUGGUCAAAGAGAGUUAGUUCCGCUACUAAGACUUACGUCGGAACGAGCAGAUCAACUGCACUCGCUCUGGACCACCGAGCUCGCAUACCACAGAGACCGCCUGCGUGACCCCACAGUGCCGCGGCAAGGAGCCUUGCCACAGGAUAUCAUCGCACUCUCUAGGCAUACUUCGCAUGUGUACGAGGAUGGGGACGACCUUAGCCACUUGCUGAAGUGCCUUUGGGAGUGGAUCGUUUACCCUGUCCUUGAAAACCUUCAAGUCACGGAAACGAACAGUAGUUGUCUACCGCACCUUACAUGGUGCCCUACCGGUCCCCUCACACAACUUCCCCUCCACGCCGCAGGGAUAUAUGACGAUCCCUCGGGUCCACGCGCGUUCGAAUUCGCGGUUUCGUCAUACACUCCUUCUCUAUCGGCGCUCCUACGCUGCCUCGAGAGCAUAGGGAAGCGGGAGGCUUCCCCAGCCAUCCUCGUUGUCACGCAGCCAAACACGCCAAAGUGCUCGCGGCUUCCCGGGACAUUGGAGGAAGAACGGCGCCUUCGAAAGGUCCUCGGCGCACAGAUUACGAGUGGGGUGUACAACCAUGACAAGGCCACUGUGAAGUCCAUACAGGAUGUCAUGGCCCAGUAUCCCUGGAUACACCUCGCAUGUCAUGGCUCGCAGAACCGGGCGGACCCGACAAAGAGCGCUUUCCGGCUCUAUGACGGCCCGCUAACGCUUUCGGACCUCAUGAGCACCGUGUCCGAGAAUGCAGAGCUCGCUUUCCUGUCAGCGUGUCAGACUGCUGUGGGCGACAAAGAUAUACCAGAGGAGUCCGCUCAUCUAGCGGCCGGCAUGCUCGCGGUCGGGUUCAAGGGCGUUGUGGCAACCAUGUGGUCGAUCAUGGACGCAGACGCGCCUGUCGUCGUCGAGGCGUACUACAAGGAGCUUAUAGCUCUUCGCAAUUCCGGGAGUCUGACGCAAGGGGAGACGGGCGCUGCGUAUGCGCUGCACGAGGCGACCAAGGUUCUGCGGGAGAAGGUGGGCGAGGCGAACUUCAUGCGAUGGGUUCCGUUCGUACAUUUUGGCGCUUGA